CAUCCGAGGACCCAAGACGGUGAGCGAGCGUGAGCGGAAGGUUGUGGGGGGGUCGAUGCUUAUGGAGGGCGGGCCGGCGACUGCCGCAAUACCUCUACGAUCCACCGCAACGGUUGCUCCUCCUCGGUAUUCGCUGCCGCCAUGUCGGUUCUACGGCGAGGACGUGCUCUUCUGCGUGGACGUGGACGUGGAGUCCAAGGCCGAGAUGGCGAAGGGCCGCGCCAUCACCCGCCUCGACGCCAUCAAGCAGGCCCUUCUCCUCUUCGUCCAUACCAAGCUCUCCAUGAACCCUGACCACCGCUUCGCUUUCUCCAUCCUCGCCCAGUCCGUCUCCUGGCUCCGAAAGGAAUUUAGCAGUGAGGUUGAUUCUGCUCUGUCAGCAGUUCGAGCAAUAACUGCGGCUGACUCAUCAUAUGGCCUUGCUGAUAUCACACAACUUUUUCGCAUAGCAGCCCAUGAAGCUAAAAAAUCUCGUGCCCAGGGUCGUCUCUUCAGAGUGAUACUCAUUUACUGCAGAUCAUCGGCUUGUCCCCAGCAUCAAUGGCCUGUUAGCCAGAAGCUUUUCACCAUGGAUGUUCUUUAUCUCCAUGACAAGCCUAGCUCCGAGAACUGUCCACAGAAGGUAUAUGAUGCCUUAGUCGAUGCCCUUGAACACGUAAGUGAAUAUGAAGGCUACAUCUUCGAGAGUGGGCAGGGCCUCACUCGCGUCCUCUUCCGGCAGAUGUGUAUGCUCCUUUCGCACCCCCAGCAAAGGUGCGUGCAAGAUGAUCUCGACUUUCCCAAGUCCCUUGUGAGGAAGUCGCCACCUCAAACCGAUGCUGCAGUAAGUGAAGAUAGCAUGCCCGUCUCCAGCCAGUAGAACAAUCGUUUAGGCUAAUGGUUUGUUAGAUGCAACUGUAGGGUGGAGUGCAAUUGGAAACAUGUAAAACAUAACUUCCUGGAUUCUUAAACAAAUCUUUGGGAUGUGCAAUCUCUCUCUCUCUCUCUCUCAUGGUAAUUGAAUUUACUAAAUAUUCAUGCUCA